ACUUGAGUAAUUGGUAUUCUUAUCUUUUGUUAUGCAAUUAAUUCACCCAUGUUUGCUUUUGAUUCUUAGGCAACAGAAGCAAUUCAAGCCAUAGUCCUAAACCGUCAUGAAUGGGAAAGAGGAUAUUGGGAGUUUGAAACCUUUCCUUUUUAUGAAUGGACAGUACAAUACCCGAACUUUGAAGUCUUCCCUGAAGCUUUUUCAAAGAUGUGUAAUCUUAGAUUGCUUAUAGUUGACAAUUUGUCUAUCUCAAAUGACCUCCAUCAUCUUCCAAAUUCCCUAAGAUUUCUUGACUGGUCUGGUUAUUCUUCAAAAUGUUUGCCAUCUAGUUUCCAUCCCAAAGAGCUCGUUGAACUUAAUUUACGGUUUAGUGAAAUUAAAUAUCUUUGGAAAGGAGUAAAGUAUUUGGACAUGUUAAAAAGCAUGGAUCUUAGUUAUUCAGCAAACAUUAUUCAGACACCUGACUUCACUGGGUUUCCAAGGCUUGAGAGACUUCGUCUUAGUUGGUGCACUAAUUUGGUUGACCUCCACCCAUCUAUUCGGCAACUCAGCAGGCUUGUUGUCUUAGAUCUUGAACACUGCAAAUCUCUUACCAAUCUUCCCUGCAUUUCCACUGAAAUGGAGUCCCUUAAAAUUCUUAAUCUUUGUGGAUGUCCCAAAAUCAUAAACUUUCUAGAAUUUAAUUGAGUUUUGAAAAGCCUAUCAGAACUUCACUUGAGUGGAACUGGAAUUGAGACACUACCCUCAU